AUGACUUUUGCCAUUUAGUAAUUAAAUGUAUUUUGGAAAACCAUGUGUUUUUGGUAAGGGUGAAGGAGUAUCCAUUUCUUGGCCGUUCCACGGCGUUGAUGGGUGGGUAGAAGAUGGAUAAAAAUCUUACGGAAUCCAAACGCCUUCUGUUCGAUCGUCGCUACGGUUGGGUGAUUGAUGAAUGGAAAGACCCUGCGGAAGAAGCUUUGGCAGGCGGCCGAGGAAUGUUUUGCAUAGUGCCCCUCGCGAAAACUCUUGUUAACUCAGUCACACAGAUGUUUAACAUUGCAGCAACAUCUGCAGUGAAAGCUCUUGAAAAGCCAGAACUACUUUCACCUCAGGUACUACAAGCUGGUCUCCAUGAAAGAGUUGAGAAAUUCAUGUUGUCCGUACAAAACUCUGCAUUCCACUGUGGCUUGCAGAAAACAAAUUCUCCUUCUCCCGCCACUAGUUCCUUGGAUCUACACGAUGAAAGAAUGGAUCACUGAGUGUAAAUGAUCCUCAAACACUUGAAACUUGAGGGAUUAAGGUAGAAGGAAAUUAAAUUUGAUAUGCCUUUUUAGUUUUUCCUCCACUUUCA